GCGCUGGAGAGGGGGGGGGGGGGGGGUGACGCGGCCCCUCUGCUCGUGGUCUUCUCUGGAGACUCGGUGCUCUUUCAGUCAUGGUGCUGAACUCUGGUUUCUAGCCGCCUCUUACUGUGCAAAGGGACAGGAGUGAGGAGGGGGCUUCAUCCACUCAUGCGCAGGGAGAUCGUUGAGCACUCUUCCAGCUCUCUGUCGGGGCUUCUGGUUUAGAUCGGGAGUGUGAUUGUUUGAUUGUUUUCCCCGAGUUAUCGACCUCUCCCGCCGCCACCCUGAAGUUCAUCGUGGUCAUCUUGGCCGCCGGGAUGGUGGCCUUCAUCGGGGCGGUUAUCUGCAUCAUCGCGGCCGUGCACACCGGCUCCUCCAGGGCGGCCGCGGCACAACGGCCGCCUGCCGCCGACAACCACUCGCUGUAUCCGGACGCGGUGGCGCAGAGCCCCGCCGCCGCCGGCUCCGCGGCCCGGGCCGGGCCCCUGGGCGCGCUCCAUGGCUCCGAACCGCCCGGCUCGGAGGCGCCCGCGUUCGACCUGGGGCUCGGCGGAGUGGACGGGGUCACUGGGCUCCCCGGACACGACCCGACGGUCAGCCGGCUCAUCUGCACGCCGAUACCCGCCGGGGAGUGCGACCCCCAAAACUUUGGGCAGCAAGCGGACGAGCCGUCGCUGUACGCCGGCGCGGACUGGGGCCACCUGCGGCGCGCCGCGGAGCAGCUCCGGCAGACCGUGCUGCAGCAGCGGGAGCAGAUAUCGAGCGACCAGCGCACCAUCCGGGCGCUGACGGGCAAACUGACCGAGUGCGAGAGGGGGCUGGGCGGCCUGUGGGGGGCGGCCGGCGCGGCGGAGGACACGCACCUGGCGCGGAUCAUGGUGCGGGACGGCCCGGCGUCGGGACCCGACGGCGGCCACCUGCUCACCGCCCGGGCCGUGGACGAGCUGGAGCAGGCGAUCAGUCAGCUCAAGGAGCGCAUCGAGAAGCUGGAGUCGGACAUUGGCCCAUUUCCUCACAACCAGACGGACGGUAGCACCUCAGGAGUGCCAGAGGAAGGCGGGAUGUCUGGUGGCCCAGAAAGGCUGGCUGUUCCUGGGCACACAGCUGGUGCUGACAGGCCCUGGAGCAUGGACGACUUGGAGGGCGAGCUGGAGAGGAAGGUAGAGCUGCUGGAGAAAGAGAGAAAAGCCCUGAGGCUGGAAACGGAGAAACAAAGACAGGAAAUCGACCAGGACAUCAGUAAACUACACCAUCGAAUCUCGGGACUGGAGGAAGGUGUCUCGGGGCACUCCUUCCCAGAGGGCUACAGACUCUCCUUCCCAACGCGGACAAACUACAUGUACGCUGUCGUGAAACACUCCAUCCCAAAGCUGCGGGCCUUCACCCUCUGCCUGUGGCUGCGGCCCACAGAAGGAGGCAUCGGGACGCCUCUGUCCUACGCCGUUCCUGAGCAGCCGAAUGAACUGGCGCUGCUGCAAGGCCUGCACACCCCGACCGAGUUGCUCAUCAAUGACAAGGUGGCGCAGUUACCUCUGAACCUAACCAGAGGCAGCUGGCAGCACAUCUGCGUGAGCUGGAGCCAGAAGGGAGGAGCCUGGCAGGCCUACCAGGGGGGAAAGCUGAGGGGCGAGGGCCACGCACUGGCCGCCGGACACCACAUCAGAGCCGGGGGAGUGCUCAUUCUGGGGCAGGAGCAGGAUUCCCUUGGUGGAGGAUUUGAUUCAUCCCAGGCUUUGGUCGGAGAGUUGUCUCAGGCGGGCCUUUGGGACCGGGUCCUGUCCUCCGGUCAGGUGGCCAGCUUGGCUCGCUGCGGCAGAGUGACCCAGGGCAGCGUGGUCCCCUGGACUGAGGACGGAGUUGAGGUUUACGGCGGAGCCACCAGGCACCCGGGGGAGCCAUGUAGUAAACACAGCAGGAGCUCUCAGUGACCAACGGUGACAGGCUUUGAGGAGAGGGGAGGUGAAGGACGGUUAGGAACAAAAAGCUAUGGUUCCAUCGGCCCAAUAUUCGCAUUGCAUCAGUUCUUAUCAACUCUAUGUGGCAUGGACUGACAAGUAUGUAAAUAUUGGAAAAUGAAUGGCAUACAUUCACACGACACAGUAGCGGCUUUGCACUGAUGCAGUCCAUCACGGGGCUACAAUGGCGAAUUGUGCAAGAAAACAAAAUGGGAUUUCCUCAUGAACACAGCUAUUGUAUAUGUGUGCUGUACGUCACAUUGAAGAACAUCUCGGUUAGGAGACUUGUUUCGGAUUCAGGCUACCAGCCAUCAUCUCACCUUUAAAGGAAUAAUGCGCCACCAAUAAAUACCCUGAUGCAUAACCCCUUGUAAUGUGGAGAAUUAAUGAUACAGCAUGUUAUAUGUGAGGUGAUUGUAGGCACACUCUUGACAAGAUAGGCACACAGCUUAUAAGUGGAAAAGUUGUCAUUCAACAGGCAAAACUGUGCAGAAAUUAGCCCAAGUUGUAACAAAUUCAAUGCGAUGAGUAAGCUGAUGAGUACCUCCUCUACGGCCACCUGAAGUUGUGUCAAGCCAGCUGAAAUCCCCCGAUGAAUGCAGUAGGGUCGGACUGGAGUUGACUAAGGGCUGUGAACGCUUUAGAGUUGGGAGACACGGUAAGGUGAGGAAAAAAUGGGGAGAAAGUGGAGAGAAUAUUAAGUAGCUGGCAGACGGCAGCAAGGAGUGGAUGACGAAAGAGAGGGGAAAGAGGGAGGACAGCGGCAAAUACAGAUGGAUGGAUCAGGCACUUGUUUGGAGUGACGCUACAUAUUGUUUUCACCUCUGCAUGAUGUGUCAAUGUACCUGUAAUGUCUUGCCCACUGCAAUGUGUUGCUCGCAAGUCGCACAAAAGAGGACAGUGCCUCCACGCCUAGGAAGCUGUAUUUGUGUUAUGUGUAUUCUAUGAAGGCUCUUUUUCUCACUUAAUGAGUUACUGAAGAAAUCCAAAUCUAAGACAAGACAUCUAUCCCCUAAGGAAAGCAGCUCCACUAGCAGAAUGUUCGUCUUCUUCAGAUGCACCUGCACAUUUCCUGACAAGACUUUGCCCCAUCUAGUAUGUCACAUUUAGAAAAUCAAGGCCGCCGAGGAAACAUCUGUCUUACUCUUACAGUAAACUUUGAAUUAUGGGAAUUCGUGGUCUCGAAUGCAGCCUUCACACACAUAAGAAUCUGUUACUCACACUCAUUUUCACAUUAUAUAUGGACUGCCGUUUCGUACAUGCAACCACUCGGUAAUGUGGUGUUAUAACUUGACAACCUGCGACCUCCAGCUUUUCCAACCUUCCUACGUUCCAUGCAGGGGUCAUACUGUGUGUUUGUGACACGUCAAGUUGCAUCCACUAUGUUUCUGAUCAUGUUUUGGGUUUUUUUUACUGCAAAAACAUUUGGACAGUUAUUCUCAUCUGUUCUAUGAGACAUGGUGUUAAGGGCAGACUGUGCAUUUCAAAAAUUUCAAAAACACUGGCUCUCCCCAUUGCAUAAAAGAAUGAUCCUUAGUGGAAAGUGCCUGUCAGGGUGUUUGUGCCCAUAUAAACAGAUCAUCAAACGUAUUAUACUGAUGAAAAAUUCACACUGACAGAUAUUUUGAACUCAUUAAGCAUCCGUGUCUCUGCGAAUCUCCCCGGUGAUCCUUUUAAGAUUUAAGGGGUUUGACAAAAUGUUUGAAAGCACCGAUGCAGGACUUGAGACGUCCGUGCAGUGCUGCCAAACCGAUGCUGAAUCAGGUCAAAAUCAUCUUGCUGUGCUUUGAUGAUGCCUCUGUUAUGAUCAAUGUUAUGCCUGGUGUCUGUUCAGCUCAUGUCCGAGCGUUUUUUGGGGGCUUUUUGAUAGUGUGGUGUAGCAUAUUUAUGUUUAUGAUCAUUGAAAUUGAAAACUAAGCUUUUGAACUCUAUCUGCAAUGUUUGUCUUUUCUUACACGACUAUUCUGUUUAUUUUUUUUUUUUUACUAUAUGCAUUGGUAUGUGUUUCAAGUUGUUGUUUGCAUAAAUACUGUACGUCCGUGUCCUGUACGGUGUUGUAUUGUUCCGAAUACUGUAUGUGUCGUGUAUAAAACUCUUUAAUAAAGUCCUAACUUUUA